CUGCUGCGAUCCCCCCACCUUCAACUCUCUUAGAAAAAAAAAACUACACCCUACAGAAACAGACAUUAGAGCAGUUUAUUACCGUAUCAUCACAUUCUUUUGCACACAACGAAUCCACGCUCCAUAAUGCCCACCACCACAUCCUUCGUCUCAGAACCCGUUAUGACUUCAACACAACAGCAAAACUCACAACCCUCCUCCCCCACAAAGCGGAGAGUGCGACUCACGUUCGGCUACCAGGAUUCUGAUCAGCAAGCACCCUCCUUUUCCUCACUCCCUCCCUCACCCAGCAGAUCCCUCGACACUGAUCCACUUGCAACGCCUACCUCGCCUCCAACCACAUCAGCACCGAGUAUGCGCCAUACCAAUACUCUCAACCCCGACUACACGCCAACGCCCGCAGAGAUCGCCAGUGUGAUCCCUAUCCGCACCAGCUCCAUUAUCUCAGCACCACUCUAUCUCCCAGCGCCACGGCCCCACAAGAGGUCAGCAUGCGCCUCGCCAUCAUUAAGCCGCUCCAGCAGCGUGGGCAGCACCAUCAGCUUCUCGGGCAGCCUUGACCACCGCACCAUGUCCCGUGCCCCUAGCCCAUUACCAUCCUCCUCGUCCUUGUCCUCCAUUCCGCAUUCCCCCAACCAGAAUUACAAAGAGGUCCUCCCUGCCACGCCUACAUCUGCCAACACCACGACCCCCUCGUCUCCACUUCCAAACAUGGACACAACCGUGCGCCGGUCCUCGAUGGCCGAACGUGCCGCCUUCCUGUCCUCGGCCCCGAUUCGCUCCCGGAUCACACUCACCCCCCGUCUCAGGAAAUUCACCCCCGCCGUGCCCUCCGCGGCGUUUCCGACAACGCUAUCUUCCCCCUCGCUCUCAGUCAUCCCCACACCAUCCUCCUUCUGGGCUUCAAGGCAGUGCUGUGCCUGUCUCAGCCCAAACCUGGAGAAGCGGAGGUGGUCGAAUGAGAGUACCCGAGGCCUGCAUGGUGCGGUUCCAUCUUCGUGUAUGGAUAGGAUGUGGAAGGAAGAUGAGGAGGACACGUUUAGCGGCACGACACUUUACGAUAACGAUAACGAUAACGACUUUAAUGACCUUUAUGACCAACGGAGGGUGGAGGAGAGGAACGGCAAGAAGAAGAAGAUCAAGAAGCGUUGCCCGACUCUGACCUUGUUCAGCUUCAUGUUGAAAAAGUAGAUAUCAUGUAAAUAAAUAACGACAUAUACAAAAUACGCGUAAUCAAACCGCGAAAAC